GGUGGUCUAGUCCAUUCCACAGACUUUCGCUCCCUUGCAGCGGGUCGGAGAUCGAAGGAUUGAGCCAAUUGCGGCUGAAACGUCUUUGGAAGGAAGAAGGGGGUGAGGGAGCAUCCCUUUGAGUUCCGCCUCUUCUUUUCGAGGCGGUGGUGGGGAAAGGGGACAUACGAAAUAUUGCCCUCUUAAACCAUCGGAUCAUACAUCUCCGUGCAGUCUGCCGGGAGGGCGGCGGGAAAACAGCAAGACGGGAGUGGGUAAAGGGAAGAAGCCAGAAAGCCGCGCAGGAGGGCGCGCGCGCGCGCCCCUUUUUCAGCAGUGUGGCGGGGUCGCACGCACGCCCGCCUCGGCGGCUGGGCGCGAUUUGCGACAGUGGGGGGAGCGGUGGAGGUGGCGGCGGCAGUGGCAACUUUGCGGCAAGCUCGGGCCGGGCUUGCUUGACGGCGGUGUGGCGGAGGCCCCGCCCCAGGCGGCAGGAACCUGGAGGGAGGCGGAGGAAUAUGUCCGAGAGGGAAGUGUCGACAGCGCCGGCGGGAACAGACAUGCCUGCGGCCAAGAAGCAGAAGCUGAGCAGCGACGAGAACAGCAACCCGGACCUCUCUGGGGACGAGAAUGAUGAUGCUGUCAGUAUAGAAAGUGGCACAAACACUGAACGCCCUGAUACACCUACAAAUACACCAAAUGCACCUGGAAGGAAAAGUUGGGGAAAGGGAAAAUGGAAGUCGAAGAAAUGCAAAUAUUCUUUCAAAUGUGUAAACAGUCUCAAGGAAGAUCAUAACCAACCAUUGUUUGGAGUUCAGUUUAACUGGCACAGUAAAGAAGGAGAUCCUUUAGUCUUUGCAACUGUAGGAAGCAACAGAGUUACAUUAUAUGAAUGUCAUUCACAAGGCGAAAUCCGGUUAUUGCAGUCUUAUGUGGAUGCUGAUGCUGAUGAAAACUUUUACACUUGUGCGUGGACCUAUGAUAGCAAUACAAGCCACCCUUUGCUUGCUGUAGCUGGAUCAAGAGGCAUAAUAAGGAUAAUUAAUCCCAUAACAAUGCAAUGUAUAAAGCACUAUGUUGGCCAUGGAAAUGCUAUCAAUGAGCUGAAAUUCCACCCAAGAGAUCCAAAUCUUCUCCUGUCAGUAAGUAAAGAUCAUGCUUUACGAUUAUGGAAUAUCCAAACGGACACUCUGGUGGCAAUAUUUGGAGGUGUAGAAGGGCACAGAGAUGAAGUCCUAAGUGCUGAUUAUGAUCUUUUGGGUGAAAAGAUAAUGUCCUGUGGUAUGGAUCACUCGCUUAAACUUUGGAGAAUCAAUUCAAAGAGAAUGAUGAAUGCAAUUAAAGAAUCUUAUGAUUAUAACCCAAAUAAAACUAACAGGCCAUUUAUUUCCCAGAAAAUCCACUUUCCUGACUUUUCUACCAGAGACAUACAUAGGAAUUAUGUUGAUUGUGUGCGAUGGUUAGGCGAUUUGAUACUUUCCAAGAGUGGCCGUGCCAUUUUACAUUCUCACCAGCAAUGUAUGAGAGAUCCAGUGUCUCCGAAUCUUCGCCAGCAUUUGUCUUGUGAAAAUGCCAUUGUAUGCUGGAAACCUGGCAAAAUGGAAGAUGAUAUAGAUAAAAUUAAACCUAGUGAGUCUAAUGUGACUAUUCUUGGGCGAUUUGAUUACAGCCAGUGUGACAUUUGGUACAUGAGGUUUUCUAUGGAUUUCUGGCAAAAGAUGCUUGCAUUGGGCAAUCAGGUUGGCAAACUUUAUGUUUGGGAUUUAGAAGUAGAAGAUCCUCAUAAAGCCAAAUGUACAACACUGACUCAUCAUAAAUGUGGUGCUGCUAUUCGACAAACCAGUUUUAGCAGGGAUAGCAGCAUUCUUAUAGCUGUUUGUGAUGAUGCCAGUAUUUGGCGUUGGGAUCGACUUCGAUAAAAUAUUUUUUCCGAAUAAAAAUUAGAAUAUGUUGUCUGUGUAAAAUAGAAUUAAUGUAUCUUGCUAGCAAGGGCACAUAGAGCAUUUAGACUUGUUUUUCAGCGUUCAAUCAGGCUGAGCUGAAUGUAGUGAUGUUUACAUUGUUUACAUUCUUUGUACUGUCUUCCUGCUCAGACUCUACUGCUUUUAAUAAAAAUUUAUUUUUGUAAAACUGUGUGUUAUUUUAUUUUCAUUGUGAUGAAUGCAAGUUGGAAGUAAUAAAAUUAUAGCUUUUUGUGAUAAUCUUUUUUUGACUGGAGAAAGCUAUUAAAUCUAGAGAUUAAGUGUAGGCUCUACAGCUAAACUGAAUUUAAAUAUUGGCACUGCCACUAUGUAACUUUGGUUAACUAACAUCUCUGUGUUUGCUCAUGUGUAAAACAAGAAUAAUAUUGCCACCUCAAUGAAAUCAAAUGAUUUAAUAUAUGUGAGGCAUUUAGAAUAUUUUUUGCCAAAUAAUAAGCCCAAAAUAUAUUAAAUUGUUCAUGAUUAUUGGAUAUUAUGUGUUUUAUGGUUUUAUAUUUUUAAUGAUUUCUUCUGUGAUAGUUUCACAAGUAAUUAUGUUUAAAAUUCAGUAGUGUUAGAACAUAUAAUAUGUUUUCUUGUCAUUAGAAUUGUAACUGGACCAUUAGUAAUCAGUGCAAAUGUUGUUAUUAGAACAAAGGAGAGGACAUACUGCUUAAAUGUACUUGGUCAAACAAGGAAAGAUACAGGAAAUAUGUCCAUGUAGUGAGUUACUGCCUCUUUUUUAAAAAUGGUAGCUAACAGACUAAUAGAGAUUAAGUAGAUCUCAUAGGUGGAAAGUAGUUGGUUUUUGGUCUCAGACAUAA